UAACAUGUCGAUCUCGUCGCUCAUCGCACCAGGUGUAGCCGCCGCCAAAAUCCCCCCUCUCCCCUUCGCGACCCAGGCCGCAGGCCCCUCGCGCCGUCGCGCGGCUCGCCGCCGCCCUUGGGGCAGCAGCCCGCCUCCUCUACUCAUGGGUCACGUACGCCCUCCCUCCCCGUCCUCCUCCCCCGGGCCCCGGUGCUGCACUGGUCGGCAUCGUCCUCCGCCGCCCCCAAAUCGCUCUCACCGCCAACGGUAUUUCUGGAGGAUCUGAAAAGAAAAAAAAACUAAUUUCUACAUGCGCUCUUUGUCGAAAGUAGGAAAAUUUCAAUGUUUUCUGCUACAGAUAUACCUAUUGAUGAAGCUUUACAUAAAUUGUGAUGGACAGAUCCUAUGGGCUGUGCAGCUAAAUACCUGACGAAGAAUGAUAUGGCAUUCGUCAUUAGCAGGGAACCUCAGAGGUUAAAUAAAGAAGUCAAUUUUGCUGCUUUCCUGGAUAAUCCGAACAUCGAUGAUGUGCACAACCAAAGUAUUCUGCUCUGGUCAUACAAUGUAAUACCAGCCACUGCCACAUCAACUGAGAUAUGCAGGCUCUUCAGCUCAGUGGUCCAGACAAUAGAGAGAGAAUUGGGUCAGGGUGGUGUGCUUGUAGCCAGAAGAACACAUGCCGACUCAGCGGACACCAUAUCAUUUUAUCAGCUUGCUGAGAAGCUCAAGCUAUCAUCGUACGAGAUUGUAACCAUCACUGGUGAAGGUGCGAGGGGAGUAUGUUCUAGGACAUCAUAUUCUGGGCUCCCCCAAAAUCGAAGCACCAGCAACUAUAGCUUUGACAUUAGCAGCAAUGGCAAUGGAGCUGUAACAGAGGAUUCUCAAUCAGCUUCUGUAGGCCACAAUAGGGUUGGAUUAGCAGUAACACAUGGCACUAAAACACCCCUUAAUCCAAAAACUCAGAGAAGAAAUGCUAUUGAAUCAAAGGACAAAUGCUCAAAAAGUAGUUGUGGAAGUGGGAGUGAGAAAUCUAACGAGACACUCAGGAUUGCUGUGACACGAAAAUAUGGUUUUCAAAAUUUUCUGAACAUUACUGAUCUUCCUAAUGGCAAGAUAAAUGCCACUGGUUUUAGCAUCGAAGUAUUUGAGAACGCUAUGAAGAAGUUAGAUCAUCCUCCAUGCUAUAUGUUCUGUCUCUUUGAGGGUUCAUAUGAUGAUCUAGUAGGCAGCGUCUCUUCUGGGAAGUUUAAUGCUACAGUGGGUGAUGUCAGCAUAACUGCCGAACGAGAAAGACAUGUAGAUUUCACAAUGCCAUACACACAAUCUGGUUUGUCUAUUCUUGUGCUCGCUGAGAAAUACUCCAAACCGAGAAUUCAAUGGAUAUUUAUAAAGCCGCUGACAUGGCAGCUGUGGUUGGCUGCUGUGAGUAGUUUCUUAUACAUUGCAUUUGUCGUGUGGAUGAUUGAACGACCCAGAAACCAGGAGUACCAAGGAUCAAGCUCGAGGCAGAUCAGCACUUCUCUCUACUUUGCUUUCUCCACAAUGACAUUUUCUCAUGGUCAAAUUAUUAGAAGCCCUAUGUCAAAAAUUGUUGUGGUAAUAUGGUGCUUUGCAGUGGUGAUACUAGUGCAGAGUUACACGGCUAGUUUGUCAUCCAUGCUAACCACAUCGAGGCUCCGCCCCUCAGUGGUUGAUCUCGACCAGCUCCGUCACAAUAAUGACUAUGUUGGGUAUCAAAAUAAAUCAUUUGUGUACUCCUUGUUAAAUCAAACGUUCAAAGAAGACAGGUUAAAGCCUUAUGCAAAUGGAAAAGAAUAUGCAGAAGCUUUGAGAAGGGGGAAAGUAUCUGCUAUUGUUGAUGAAAUCCCCUAUAUAAGAUCUUUUAUGUCUGACCAGAAUAAUUCUAACGAGUUCUGGGUGUUUCCUCAGACAUACAAUAUCCUUGGAUUUGCUUUUGGAUUCCCUAUAGGUUCUCCAUUGGUCCAUAAUCUUUCAGUAGCCAUCUUGGACAUGACAAGAAUUACCAACAAGACUGAUUCACAGUUGACAGAUGAUCAUGGCAGCCAUUCCACGCCUCUCACUUUGGAAAAUUUCUCCGGUCUGUUCGUCAUCGUUGGAUCUGUUUCAACUCUCAUGCUGCUGAUAAGCAUUGUGAGGUUGGUUGUUUCGAGAUGCUCAGAGACGGCAAACACUAAUGCUCCAAGCAUUGAUGACGACAAUGGGGAUGAAGAAUCGAAUCCACAGCAGAAUGACACCGAAGAACCCCUCCUUGAAGCCAGAGACAACGAUUCCCGGAGUGCUGACCAGAAUGGCAGUUUUGCUGCUGACCAAGAGCCUAGUCAAAUGCAGAGUGGCACAUCCAAUGGCCAUGUUCCUGCACAAGCACAACACAUUCAGAUUGAGAUGAGCCCUGCCUGAGAUGCCAGAGUGAUCAUGCAGAGCUCACUCUGUCAAUGCAAGAACACUUAUGCUUUUGCAGAUAACCACGGAUCACUUUAAGAUGGUCUCUACUUGUAAAAACGGUUUGUGUCACUGAUUUGUGAUGGUCUCUGUUAGUUUUACUACAAGUAAUUUGAGUUAGUUGUAUAAAUAGAUACAGUUGAUUAGGUGAAAAAAAGAAGAUAGAAUGUCUAUAUCAUUUCUAUUACCUGUUGUUCAUUGUAAAAUUGCUUCCAGGGCUCUCAGCCAAUUUGUUUAGAAAAAAUAAAAGCCAAUGGAAAAUAGUGGUAUCAACAUGCUA